CUUUACGCCCACAAACAAACAUAAUGGACAGUAGUCUUCUCUGCCCGAUAUUAAUUAUUAUUUCUUGCUCCUUGCAAGAAAUAAAUCUCUUGUUAUUGUUAUAUUAUAUACAUCUCCCUCUCUGCUUAACUCUUAUCCAUAUUGUUAUUUGGCAAGUUAGAACUUCUCCUCAUCCAUGGCGUUCAUCAAACUAAAUCUCAACGUAGACGCCAACAGUUGCCUGAGCGGGCUGUGGGCAUCACUGCAAUUGGGCAGGCCAAAAUCUGGCAUCAAGAAAUUGGAAAAGGAAAUGGCAAGAUUGAAAGGCAAACGGGACGACAUCAAGAACCAGAUCGGCGAGGCGGAGCGUGAGGGGAAGAUUUCGACUAACGAAGUGGACCAGUGGCUACGGGAGGUGGAGGAAUUGGAAGGCCAAGUGGCUGAUAUCAACCAGGAUUUCCAAAGCAUGAGUUGCUUCAAUUGCAAUUGCUUUAAUCAAACUGGCAGCACGUCGAGUCAAACACAACUAGCAGGAGAUCAGAUCCUUAUCAGAGAGUCAUCAAACUGCUGCUCCAUCAUCCGAAAAGUGGCGAAGAAGCUCGGCGAGGCUAAUGAAUUGAUGAGCCGAGCUGGCGCACUGGAUCCGAUUGCCACAGUUGCGCUUCCAGAACCCACCGUGAUGCUUUCCAUGUCACACCGACCGCCUGUUGGGAUCGAGUCGUAUGUGAAGGAGACUGUGGGCUACAUCGAUGGUGGAAAAGACAUCAUAGGCAUCUACGGAAUGGGUGGUGUCGGCAAGACCACCAUGUUGAAGAGCAUCCAGAGAUACUAUUCUAAUCAUAGAUUAUUUGAUCUUGUCAUUUGGGUUGUGGCCUCCAAAGACUGCCAAUUGAAAAAGCUUCAAAUGGAUAUCGCUAAGAGUCUAGAACUGAACACACUGCAGAAGAGUGACGACGAACCAACUUGUGGUGACAAGCUGUUUAAGUACUUGAAGAACCGGAACUGUUUGUUGCUUCUGGAUGACAUUUGGGAACAUCUGGAUCUUCAACUGUUGGGGAUGGCACACUCAGCUACUAAGCAAGGCCAGCAGCAGCAGCAACAGGGGCAGCAACAGCAGCAGCCGCGCAAAGCCGUCGUGUUCACAACCCGCAGUGAGACAUUGUGUGGGCGAAUGAAAGCAGAAAAGAAGAUCAAAGUCAAAUGCCUGGAUCCAAAUCAAGCAUGGCAACUCUUUAAGGAGAAUAGCGACGAGGAUGUUCUCAGCUCAGAUAGAGGAAUCAAUUCCUGUGCUCAAGACCUUGCUAAAGAAUGUGCAGGUCUUCCGCUCGCUCUUAUCACCGUCGCCCGGGCCAUGUCAGGGAAAAAGUCUUGGGAAGUUUGGAAGGAGGCUCUCCAUCAAAUAAGGGAUGAACAUGAAUGGACAACCGUAUGUCUUCCUGAAGAUUCAAUUGUAAUGUAUAAAGCCUUCAAGCUGAGCUACGACAGUUUAGAAAAUGACUCGAUAAAAGAAUGCCUUUUGUGUUGCGCUUUGUGGCCUGAGGAUUAUGAGAUCCACAAAUUUAAGGAGUUGAUACCAUGUUGGAUAGGUUGUGGCAUAAUCUGUGAAUUUAAUGUAAUCAAUGAAGCUUUUGCCAAAGGAUGCUCCUAUUUGGAAACUCUCAUGGCUGCAUCCUUGCUAGAGCGCUCCUCUAGACCACAUAAUUAUUACGAGGCUGAUCAUGUGAAGAUGCAUGAUAUCAUCCGAGACAUGGCGCUAUUGAUGGUCUCUGAGUUAAAGGGGAACGAAAGGAAAUGGAUUGUAAAAGCAGGAAUUGGUUUGCAUAAUUUGCCUAGACAAGAGGAAUGGCAGGAGGCAGAGCGAGCAUCAUUCAUGAAGAAUCGCAUUCUAUCUUUACCAGAGUACAAAGCUUCAACUUUUUCAGAACUUUCCAUAUUGAUUCUCCAAUACAAUCACCUGACAACGAUUCCUCCGAGUUUGUCCGCAAGCAUGCCUCAUUUAACAUACUUGGAUCUCUCCAACUGUGAUAUAAAGGAGCUUCCAACGGAGAUUGGUAGCUUAACUGAACUUCAAUAUUUAAACCUGUCCUAUACUGAUAUUAGAAGUCUGCCGCUCGAGUUUGGUUGCCUCGGCAAAUUGAAGUACUUGCUUCUAAGGGAUACAUAUUUUAAGACGGUACCCAAUGGGGUAAUUUCCAAUUUACCAAUGCUCAAGUGGUUGGACAUAACACAACAGUUUCCUGUGUGUGAGCAAUGGUGGGAUGAGUUGGUACGUUUCAAAGGACGCCACCAAUUAAGUCUGGGAAUUGCCAUUUAUGCAGCUAACCUCGAAAGUCUGAACGUGUUACCAAAUGUUUCCGUAUGGAACCUCACUAUGAGCGGAUUAAGUUCAGAAUUCCAGAUGUUACAAUGGAGUCACAGAUUAAGUGACAACCUCGAGUGUCUAACUAUUGCAAAUGUCCGGGGAGACAAAUUAAUGAUGAAUGCAAGCGUGGACUGUGAAUCGAGUUUCAGAUGUUUGAAGACUCUCAUUUUUGAUAGAAUAGAAGAACUUGAAAAAAGUUGGUUGAAUGGUAUUGGGUUCGACAACCUCCGCGACCUAUACAUCAAUUGUUGUUACAAGUUGAAAAAUGUUUCUUGGGUUCUCCAGCUCCCAUGCCUUAAUCUUCUAGACAUAUCAGAUUGUUGGGAAAUGGAGGAACUAAUAAGUAAUAUUGAGAACUCCAAUUCUAAUUUUGGCAUCAAGAUGCUGACUUUGUGUCACAUGAAAAAGCUGCAUCGCAUUGCACACCAACCGCUCUGUUUUUCCUACUUGGAAUAUAUGCGUGUGCACGAUUGCCCAAGGCUCCAAAAAUUACCAUUUGGGGUUGAAAUAUUGAAAAGCAGAUUAAAAGAGAUUGAAGGUGAUCGAACUUGGUGGGACAACUUGGAUUGGGAUGAUGAGAGCACUAAAGAUUCCCUCACCCCUUAUUUUAGGGAUUGAUUUCACAAGCUCAAUGAUUGUGUGACUUUAAAGACAAAACUUGAAUCUCUCGGCUCGGAUUGAUGAUCAAUUUCAAGAAGAAGCUUGGGCUUUUGGGGCAUGGAGAUGUUCGCUAUUUUGUCUCCUCCAAUAACAGUCAUGCUAUUUUUUGCUUUCAUAAUAUUUUUGUCUGAUUAUUCUUACUUUUGUAUGAAUAAAUUUAUUUUCUUCUGUUGAUUUUAACUAUGGGAUAAACACAUACGAAGUCUCCUUUAUUA